AACAGCCCUACAUUUGGGGGUAUGAGUGGCCACCUCUCCAAACAGAGAGUUUGGCAAUAUUUUUGACCAGGCUAAGAAGGCUGAAGAAUGUGCCUCUCUAACUCAGGAGGCCUAUGAUACUGAUCCAACGGAUGGGAACCGAGAGAUUGCUCAAUUGGCGAAUGCAAAAAUGAUUCUUGCAGUCAAGAAGGAGGUGGAAUUUUGGAAACAAAAGGCUAACAUUAAAUGGUUAGAGAAGGGAGAUGCAAACUCCAAAGUUUUCCAGGCUUAUGUCAGAGGGAAACAAAAGAAACUUUGCAUCAACCACAUUAUUUCCCAAGAGGGGGUAGGCCUUCACAACAGAGAGGAGAUCAAGGAGGAAGCCAUCAAAUAUUUUCAGUCCCAAUUCAGUGCUGAAACUGCCGAUCACUGCCCCAACCUCAUGCCUAUUCUCCAACAUAUCCCUAAGCUUAUUUCUGCAGAAGAGGAUGCCUCUAUCACAGCCCUACCUGACAUGGAUGAAGUUAGACACACCAUCUGGGAGAUGGAUGCCAAUAGUGCAAGUGGACCAGAUGGAUUCAAUGGUACUUUCUUCAAGUGCUGCUGGGAGAUUAUACAACAUGAUGUUCUUAAGGCCUCGCAAGAUUUCUUUUUAGGGAUGCCUAUUCCCAAAGGGUAUGGUAGCACCUUCCUCACCCUCAUUCCCAAGACAGACCAUCCUAAAACAUUUGGUGACUUCAGGCCUAUCUCUCUCUCUCUCUCCACAUUCAUGAGCAAAAUCAACACCAAAAUGUUGGCAAAUAGGCUCAAGAAGCUGCUCCAUAAAAUCAUCUCUGAUGAACAAGCUGCAUUCCAGAAAGGAAAAGCCAUUGAGGACCACAUUCUCAUGGCCAAGGAGGCAAUUCACCAACUGGAUAAGAAAGUAUUUGGGGGCAAUAUCAUCCUCAAGAUUGAUAUGGCAAAAGCUUUUGAUAGGAUGGACUGGUCCUACCUGGAAUCCAUUCUUAAAGGCUUUGGCUUUUCUUCUCGCUCGGUUAAACUUUGUUUGGCAAAUUUGAAGUCCACAUUUAUUUCCAUUCUCCUUAAUGGAGAACCAAUAGGCUUUAUUAAAAGAUACAAUAUGGGAUCCCUCAAAUGGGUGGGACACUUGGUUUAUGCUGAUGACCUCAUGAUUUUCACCAAAGGAGAAACCAGGAACCUACUUAGGAUGAAGACUUUGCUGUUGGACUACCUUAGAGCCUCUGGACAGCAAAUAAACUUCACUAAAAGUCGUUUCUACUCCUCCAAAACCACUUCUAAAGAACAACUCUCUCACAUGGAGAAGAUCUUGGGAAUGAAGUCUGGCUCCCUUCCUUUCACCUACCUGGGUGGAACUAUCUACAGGGGCAUCCUUAGGAAAGAGCAUUGCAACAACCUCCUGGAGCACUUUGAUAAACACAUCUCCUCAUGGUACAGUAAAGUUCUUAAUCAAAUGGGGCGCCUGAUCCUCAUCAAACAUGUUUUAUCCUCCAUCCCCUUACACAUUUUGGCUGUCCACACCUUACCCAAAUCGAUUCAUGCUAAACUCAACUCUCAAAUGGCAAACUUUUACUGGGGACAGAAGGAUGGCUGGCCUAAGUACCACUGGGUUAAAUGGUCACACAUCUGUAUUCCUAAGGAAGCUGGGGGCCUAGGAAUCAGAAAUCUGGCUACCCUGGAGGAUGCGUAUGGAGCAAAACUGUGGUGGAGAGUUCAUAAUGAUUCAGGCCUUUGGGCUUCUUUUAUGAGAGCUAAAUAUCUUAAGCAGGGCUGUGUUAGAGAAAAGUUAACAGACUCACCCACGUGGAAAAGGAUUUGUAGAGUCCAUGAUUUCUGCACUCUUUUUGCCAAGGGUGAAGCAGGCUCUAUGUCUUGGAACAAUGGGCUUUUCUCUCUAAAGCAGGCCUACUCCCUUAGAGAGGAUGGUCACAGUAGCCUCUUCUCAACCAGAUUUGUUUGGAACAAGACCCAGAUACCAAAGUUGAGGACUUUCAUUUGGAAAUGUCAAGCAGAGAGAAGAUAUCUGCACGGCGGGGAUCUAAGUCGUCGCGUUUCAUGGCGGAACCCUAGGAAACCAGCGAUUCAUCCGCUGGAUUGGAAAUUAACGAGGACCGUCUUUAGUUCCGAAGGAGAUGGUGUCAAGGAGAAUAUCGGCAAACAUGGAGGAUUAGAUACAGGAUUCUCUUAUUCCCCAACCAGAUUCAAAAUUGAGGCCAAAUUCUACCGAUUUGAGAAAUCGAAGUGCGGAAGGGUUCAAAUAUGUGAAGAAGUUAGACGAAAAUCCUAUAGAUUUUGGACCAGUUAUGAUGUUCUUCAGUGGAUUUGCAACUGUCUAGAUGGAAUAAUCUUCAACCCCACGGCUAGCCUACGAUCUGAGGAACACAGUGAAGGUAACAAGCGAUAUUGUCUCUAUCUUGAUGCCAAUUCUUCUGGGUUUUACAUUCGAAUUCAAGAAUUGAGGAUUGAUGGUUUUACCUCAAUAGUUAUUCCUGAAGGUUCCAACAAAAGUGGUAUUAGGCUUUUUGUUGCUAAAUUAAGGCAAAUUGGUUCUUCCAUUAGAGACUCUUGUAAGUUUUUUUCAGAUUAUGAUAUUUGCCAGAACUGGAGUACGAGUCAUGAGUCGGAAUUUUCACAGCCUUCUAUUUCUAAGGCUUUGUUUGAUGUUGAUAUCCUGGUUGAUCCAGUUGUGCAUGUUGGAAAAUAAAAUGGACAUCUUAAUACUGUUCCAGACUCUGAUUUGGGUCAGCUUUCGGACUCCAUUCUUUCUACCAAACCUCAGAUGGAGAUACAAACUGAGGAAAAGGAUUUGGAAGGGGUUGCAAAACGAAUCAUUGAUUCUAAACGAAUGGCGAUUGACACCAACUCUCCAGAGUAUAAGGCUAAUUUUGCUAGGUUUACGAAGAUCGCUAAAGAAUGCAAGGAACCUUGCUCCAUAACCACCUGAAGUAGAGCCAAAAACAAAACAAUAGUUAUCCUUGGAAAUCCUACUCUCCGUGGAAUUUUGUUCAGGGGAAGGGAAUCAGGAGGCAAAAGCUACUGAACAAGUAGCUAUUUCCGAUUCUAGGGCUGCCAAAGACGGUAGUUCUAAGGCUGCAAAUCAGGUUUCAAACACACCAAAUGAAAAGAGUGUUGUACCUAACUCGAACAUUCUCAUUGGCAACAAAUUCCAGGCCUUGGAGGAUUCUAUACUUUUACAGAAUGAAGAAGAGAAGGAACUUCCAAGGUCUAAACAACAUGAUAACUCCGGGACCAAAACAAGGAGCUCCAAAAUCAUACACGAGGAAGGAUUUCUAUCAUACUCAACAGAUCCAGCCACUGGGAAGUCCAUUCCCAUGGUUAGUUCUAAAAGCUAUCAUGGCCGCUAUGUACUCUUAGGCCACACGGGAGAACUUCGUAAAGAUGGAAAAAGAGCACGUACGGCCUUACUUACAUAACUCCCUCCUGACUAUGAUUACUCUUCAGGAACAAUUCAUCUGGGAAUUGUAGUUUGGAUGUAAUUUCUUUGAUUUCUCUACCACUUUUGGGUAGUUAUCUCUUUUAUCUCGCUUCCUAUUUUGGGUUGCGUUGUUGCUUCAUAGAGGGUUUUGGCCUAGUCCCCCCUCUGUGUCCUUUGUUUUCUUUGCUUCUCUAAUAAACUCGAAUCUUUUUU